GGGUAUUAUGUUGUAGACCGGGGAAAUACACUGAAGACCGCGGGAGUGGACGAGUGGCAUGUCAUGGGUGGCAAUGGUGCUGGGUGUCAGUGUAGUGCUGUGGGGGAGGCAUGGGGACAGUUUGGGGUGGGGGUGCAAGGCCGAAGUGGCAGGCAAAAAGGACGAAUUGGACAUGACUACUAUCGAUGUUCAUCAGUUGGCUGCACACGCACACGGAACAGAGCUGGUACUUCUGGAAAAUCGCUACAGGGAUCAGCCCGGGUACAGAUUCGAAGACUUCUUCUGGACAGGAUCAGGAGAAGAACCCGACGAAAACCCUUGGAGUAUCGAUAAAACGGAAAUCAUUUACGAAACUAAAACGGUCGUAUCCACUGUGUUCAUCGAAUCCCCACAAUCUUCACACAAUGAGCCAUCACGUAACACUUCACAAUGUGUUCACAACUGCGACGCCCCAGGUGUGCCAGAUGACCAAAUCUCACCAAGUCCAACUAUAAGCAGUCCUACUCCAAUGGUACCUGAAGAAGAAGAUGGUUUUGCUGCUGAUAGGCAGUUCUGGUUGAUAACCGUACUUAAAACUGAUGGCAGAGAUCCCGCCAUCCUUGAUCUCAAAACUAGUUUAGAGAAGCUAUACAGAAAGGCAUUCGAACGGCAACAUGAACGUCACCUAGGCAUAGGUUACCGCCUUAAGCGUUACUCCAAGGAACAACCAGUCAAUGUAUACAUACACAAGGUGGAUAAGUCGGCUCUAGAUGGUGAACAAAAAGUUGAGGUACUCUACCACGUAUCUGUUAGCGGUAAACCAGUACCAGCUAUCACAGCAGCAAACGAUAUGAACUUUGUUACUGAUGAGGAGGUGCAAGAAGUGUUGGGAUACCCAUUCCUAGUCAAAGCUGAACCUUAUUUGAAACCAGCCGAACCACAGGGUCUCUCAAGCGCCAAAAAUACCUGGAUGUUCAUAGGCAUCUCAAUUUUGGCUUUCCUGAUCAUGCUGCUGAUUAUAGCUUUCGUUACUUUGGGCUGUACGAAACGCAAACGAGUAGCAUCCCCUGCCGGUAUGGCGACUCAAAACAAGCAACAAGCUUUUGCUAAAGAAGCUGGGGUAGAAAACAAGGCCUUUGUAAGCGAACCAGGUAAAGCAGAGUCUCCAACAUAUAUCAGAUUCAAAAACGAAAAUUCUACUUUGACGAAAAGUGCCGGUGAAAGUAGGGCGCAUAGUUCCGUUAGCUCUACGUCCUCUAGUUCUACUAGCUUGGACAUUUCGCCAUUGAUGCACUUGAAGAAGAAGAUACCAUUCAAGAAAUCUUAUAGACCAAAAGCUGCCAUCAAUAAAACCGUACCAGCGACGCUGAGUAUUGGUUCGCGCCCUGCAGAGAUAUUCGACUCUGACAGCAGCUCCAGCAGAAGGGAUUCCCCAGAUACCAUUUUCCUUGCGGGAAACUAUGAUCCUGGAGUAGUUAGCCCGAAAUCGUACUUGUCAAUGCCAUCUAUCAAGUCUUUUCCAAAAGGUAACAUGCCUGAGCCCCUGAAUAGAGUAUUGGAACCAGUCAGCGUUCUCCACUUAGACAUACCUGAAGGAGAGGCAGCAUAUGGAGACAAAACAUACAGAUCUGAAGUGAGAUUGGUCAGGCAUGGAAGUGCUGGGGCCGUAGAGGAUCCUGGAGUGAUAGGACCAAUAGUAUGGAAUAUGCACUGUCAAAGGCUCCAACACGGAGUAAGUGUAGAUGAAGGUAUAAGCGAUUUGAAAGAAGCUAACAUCUCCAGAAUGAGGAAACGUUUCUACGAUCUACUGGAUGAUACAUUCAGCCUCUUCGGAAGCAGGAAAAAUAGCCCAGUUGAUAAACAUGGUGCUGAUAUUCGAUCCCGUCAAGUUCCCACUGAAGUGAAGAGCCACUCUGCCGCUAAUUCCAGGUCUGGAGAUGAUUUGAAAGCCCCUACGCCAAGACCAAGGCCAAAAACUACUGAUCUCCGUAAGGCGGACCAUCAACCAACACCUAAAGGAGCAUGGAGUAGUAAAGCACCUUCUCCUCUUAUCAGGCCACUCAGUGCAUGCGUUGAUAACACUAGAAGGCCUGCAGUGAAUGUGGAGCAUAUUAUGGCCCAGGGCAGAUUCAGGGCAGACGAUCCAGCAGUAACUCUUAUCAGGACUAUUAAGUCAGAGAUAGAAAGGGUGUCUCUACCGGGCAGCGCGACUGAUUUAAGAAAAUAAUUGUUAAGGUUGAAUAGCUAUUAAGUAUUUGUUUUUUAAUUGACAUUAUUUCUGUUAUGUUUUUAUUCUGUUUCAUUUGAACACUGUAUGUGUUAAGCAGAGAUGCUGUACCGAACUCCUUUUCGAGGUGCAGCAGAUAUAUGCAAUAUCUAUAUACUCUAUUCGUAGCCCAUUUACGCCCAGACAAAACACAACAUGCCCAAUAGCGAGAUUGUACAGGUCCGUAUUUUCCUCAGUGGUCUUGGAAUAAUCUACCAAAAUAAAUGAUUAUUUUUAUAGAAAGAAGUGCACAUACUUUUCACAAUUCUUUAUUCACUGGAAGUAGUUGAAUCGUCGUCCGAAUGAUUAAUAUUAAUUAUUACAGAUUCAAUUUGAAUAACGACCAUAUUAUCCAUCUUUGUUUCGAUUGUCUCUUGAAUGUAAUGGAUGCAAAGGUUUUCACUCUGUCGACAGCUUCAUAAAACAAAUUUUUCACGUCAGAGAGUUUGAAUGUUUUGUUGUUUGAAGCCACAUAGUUUUUUAUAUUUGCCCAAAUCAUUUCAAUGGGAUUUAAUUCGCAGUAAUGAGUGGAUAGCCUUAAAAUGGCCUUAUUUUGGUUUUUAGCCAUUUCUCCAAUAACAUUAAGAUUAUAUUUAUAUUUGUGCUGCCUGACUAGAUGGAUAAGUUCCGCUUUGACCAUAUUUUCUUUGAAGCUAAUGUCUUUUGAUAGGAGUCAUUGUUGAAUUUCUGCCUUUCUUGUGGACAUUGUGGGAAUUUUUUCUAGUUUCUUAGUGUGGUAUGCAGUAUUAUCAAGUACAAUGACGCAUUGUCGUUUUGGGAGCGUUCCUUCAAACCAAAAUGAACUCCCGUCCAUUUUUUCAUGGUAGUCGGUCUUUUUCUUUGACUCAAAUGCCCAUAGGGCAGUGGGUACAAAGCCAUCUUCACUGCCAUUGUAACAGAUAACAAAUCGUUUUCCUUUUCUUGGAAAUAGUUAUUUCAUAUAGUAUUCGAGAAAACUAAUAAUAAUACAAGCUGAGUAUUGAACAGGAGUUGAUUCCAAAUCUAACAGAUAUAAGCUAAGUUUUUAGCGUGUGCUCAUAGAUUCAGUCUACUUGACACCAUUUUUACAACACAAAUGACGAAUUGGCUAGAUACACGUACCUGAAGGAUUAUUUAGGCCAGUGGUUAGACCAUCUAAGAAGGCUUCUCCUGCUGAUUUCAUUGUAGAGUCAGCCCAUACUUUAGGUUUUGUAUGUCCUGCAUUUAUCCAGGUUUCAUCCAAGUAAUAAAUCUUCCUGCCCCGGUCGAGGUAUUUCUUUACUGAUUCUAGAUAACUUCUUCACCAUAAAAUAAGAGAUUAUCUUAUGGAGCAGAGGUUAUUCCAGCAAAAUACUAUUUCUGCCCCGUUUCCUAUACUCAAAAUGAAGUUCUUUGAGUAAAGUAUAGAAUGUGGUUCUUUUGAAAGUAGGUAAGUCUUCAUCACUAUUAACCUCCUGUAAUAUUUUGUCUAUGGUGGGAGGUUCCUGCCUUUCAAAAAAUUGAUGGAUUUUCCAUCUGAUGGCAUUCCGAUCGAAGUUAUCAACUAUAUCAAACAGCUUCAUGUAAUGCAGCCUCUUGUGCUGGAUACAUUUUUUUGUUUUUUUAUAUUCUUUAACGAUGUUGAAAAUUGUCUUAGGGCUUAAGCCUGUUUUGUUCACCACACGUUCAAUAUCAUGAAUUUUCAUUUCAGGAUGCUCUGAUAUUUCGCUCUUAUAAACGUUAAGGACAAUGUCUUUUGCCUGAAUAUUAAAAUGCCCCUUCUUGUCACGUUUUCGGGGAGGAGACAUCACCAAAGAGGGAAGCAUGGCUGAAGGAAGCAUUGGUAUAAAUAUUCUCAGUUUCAACUGCUGCAUCCGUAGACGACAUGCUAACAUAUAAAUACAAGCUAUGUAUGCACCGAAUAUGAACAGCAACUGCUGGCGUCGGCGUGUCGGCGAUACCUCGAACCUGAGUCCUAUCCAGUCGAAUCCUGCACUUUUUCGUAGUCGCUGCAUCUUUGUUGUGCCUGGGCGUAAAUGGACUACGAAUAGGAUAUAGAGUCGUAUUCGGAGCUAAAUCGCGAUUUGUACUUACAGAAAUCUGUUACACCACUGAUUAAUAUAUUUCACCACUUGGUAAAUUUCGAAUAUUCUCUCGAAGGACCGUAGUUGUUUGCUUAAAUUGUACGCAUGUGAAAAGCAGACUAUUACAGCCAUAUUUGCCAAUCGGCCAAUCAGCGCGCUUCAUCUAUACAUUAGCCUGCUGAAAUUUGUUUUGACUGACUGCAGGUCGAAAGUGAAUUUGGUAUAAUGGUAGGUGUUUUGUAAAGGCAAUCUACUUUUCAGGAAUUGUUUAAUGUUAAUUGGCUUGUCAUGCAUGGGUGAUUGUCGACAUGUAAACCACUAUUAGUAUAAUUGGCUAACCUUAUAAAAAUUAUUCAUCACACCUAGGGAAAAUGAUUUAAUUGACGUUAUUUUUGAUGAGGACCUUAUUUGCCUCAUGAACCUCCUUGGCCCUACUCCCGUGCAUUUUUACAGUAUGUUGCACUAUCCUUUGUUAUUUACUGUUUUUAACUUUAUUAUAAGUAAUAAAGCUGCUCUUGCUUAAUUCCACUGUUUAAAGAAAAAAGGCAAGCUAAUUAUUUACUAGUAACAUGUAAUAUGCAUUUUCUCAUGCUUUGUUUCCAACAAGCUAUGCUUUUUUCGACUGUUGUUUAUUAAGGUUUACGUAAUUUGUUAUUUAUGUGUGCCUGUCAACACCAGUGUAUCUGUAAUUGGAUAAAAAAUUGUCUCCAAAAAAGGCAAGCUAAAUUAUUUACUAGUAAACAUUUAAUAUGCAUUUCUCAGCUUUGUCUCCAACAAGCUAUGCUUUUUGCCGCCUGUGUUUAAUUAAGGUUUUUACAUCUUUGUUAUUUUAUGUGCCUGUCAAACACAGUUUUGUACUGUAAUUGGCUAAAAAAUUGUUCCAUGGUCGUGUAGUUUUUCUAUGU